ACAGAGGUCGCGUGACGUUGUUUACAUUAGAUAUAUUGUAUAUGAAAACAUUUUUCGUUACAAAAAUUGAAAAGAAAAUUUAAAAACUAUGGCAGACGAUGGUGAAAAUAUUCCAGCGAUUACGGUAAAAGAACCGUUGGAUUUAGUACGGUUAAGUUUAGAUGAACGAAUUUACGUGAAAAUGCGAAAUGAAAGGGAACUACGUGGGAGAUUACAUGCAUAUGAUCAACAUUUGAAUAUGGUUUUGGGUGAUGCCGAAGAAACGAUCACUACGGUAGAAAUUGAUGAGGAAACUUAUGAAGAAGUUUAUAAAACCACGAAACGUACAAUUCCAAUGUUAUUCGUUCGAGGUGAUGGAGUUAUUUUAGUUUCACCUCCAAUGAGAACUGGUCUUUAAUUAAUUUAGUCUUAAUUUUGUAAUUAUUAAUUUUGUAAUUAAGAAAUAA